UGCUUUGUGCUCCAUCGUCUGCGCGGUGCCGCUGGCGCUGACGCUCGGCCCCGGGCACGACAGCUACAGGGCCGUCUUCCCGCGAGCCUGGUACGACGAGGAGCCGGUGAAGCCAGAGCUCACGGGCUACGGCGUGGCGGACCCGCGCUCCAUCAAGCCGUUGGGCCUCACCCUCGGCAUCCUGGCGGUCGCCGUGGGCCAGGUCUUCACGGUGGCCUACCACGCCCUGCGGUGCGCGGGGCUGCUCGGCGCGAAGCGACGGAUACAGCAGGAGGUGAGAGAGUACAGCUUCGUCGAGGGUAUGGUCACGCACUUUGCACAGCCAGAGGGGUUCGCGCUCAUAGGCGGGUACUUGGUGGGCUCCUGGAUGCUCGGGUGGAUGCCGCAGUCGUACUAUUCUUUCGCCGGUGGCAUCUGCUGGUGGCACGUGGCCGCGCAGUUGCUGCUGCAGGAUUUCCUGCAGGCGAUCAUGCACCUGGGAGAGCACAAGGUGUCGAGCUGGGUGUACCGCAACUCGCACAAGCCACACCACCGGUUCGUCAACCCCCGAAUGUUUGACGCCUUCAACGGAUCGCUGACAGACACAUUGUUGAUGAUCAUCGUGCCCUUUGUUGCAGUAGCACGUCUUGUGCCAGCAAACGUCUGGUCAUACAUGACCUUCGGCUCGCUGUACGCGAAUUGGCUUGUUCUCAUCCACUCCGAGUUCCACCACCCGUGGGACUGCCUCUUCAAGCGAAUCGGAUUCGGAACGGCUGGCGACCACCAUGUUCACCAUAAGCUGUUCGUGUACAACUUCGGCCACACUUUCGCAUACUGGGACAAGGUUCUCGGCACCUACAAGGACCCGGCGGAGCUUGAGGGGAAAUACUUCAACAAGCACGAGUGA